UGUUGCCUGGCGAUUGUGGGCGUUUUCAGAACGUUACCAGGUUGACCACAAGAUGCUUUGAUGUUUUUCUAACGCGCAGCUGUCGUGAAAGCAAAUGUUGGUGUGCAGGGCAAGCUGUUUAACUUCACUCUGGUUGUAUGAAAUGAUCGGUCUCUUGCGACUGGCUGCUGUAUCGUUACCUUUUGGACUCCUGUUCACUAGAACCAUGGCUUGGGCUUCCAGUGGGAAAACUCACACUGACCUUGUCAACAAUCUCCGCAAGAAUGCGGUUGUCCGAUCUCAGCGGGUGUAUGAUGUGUUGCUUGCUACAGACCGAGUGCAUUACACAGAUCAGUUCCCAUAUAUGGACUCGCCACAGAGUAUAGGGUACAAAGCUACAAUUAGUGCACCCCAUAUGCAUGCACAUGCUCUGGAGUUACUGGAAGACAGACUAGUAGAAGGCGCCAAGGCUUUGGAUGUGGGCGCUGGAAGUGGAUACCUCACUGCCUGCUUUGCUAGAAUGGUCGGAGGCACUGGAAAGGUGGUUGGCAUUGAGCACAUUGACCAGCUUGUGCAGGAUGCCAUAAAAAAUGUCCAACAGGACGAUGCCACCUUAAUUUCAUCUGGCCGUAUCAAAUUUGUGGUGGGGGACGGCAGACUUGGGUACCCAGAAGAAGGUCCAUAUGAUGCAAUUCACGUGGGAGCAGCAGCUGCAACCGUUCCACAAGAGUUACUGAAGGAGUUGAAGCCAGGAGGACGUCUUAUCUUGCCAGUGGGGCCAGAGCGAGGCAGUCAGGUCCUGGAGCAGUAUGACAAGGGCACUGACGGAAAGAUCACCAAGACUCGGCUAAUGGGUGUAAUGUAUGUUCCACUGACUGACAAAAAGAAGCAGUGGCCAAGGGAUGAACACUGAAAAAAAGACAUCUCAACUGCAAGGUAACAGCAUGAGGACAAGAAGAGCCGGUUUCCAAGCAAGCUGGUGAAAAUAUGAGAAGCAAUUAAGAGCAGGGUAGCUCUAAUGUCCUGGUAGUGAGGCAGCAGGGUGGUGGUGGCAAUCGUUUGUCUAGAAUAAUAGAGAGAUAGCAACUUAUUUGGCUUUCUGCAGUUUGAACAGUGCUUGACUAUCAGGUGGGAGCUCACAGAUAGGUAAAAAUACUUGUUAUACAGAACUAUUAAUUAAUAUAAUGUCAACUGCACAUAUUUAGAUUACCUGGGCCUUGCUGUUCCACUAUGUAUACACAAUGUGAAUAAAAUGUCUGAAAAACUAAGAAUUAUUAAUACAAUAUAGUACAAUUUCAUUAUCAUAAUUGUUGUAAUCACAAAACAAUUUUUUUUUAUUUUGAGAUCUGCCCAGGCAGUGGCUGUGCCUUUUGAAGCUUUUGGUAUCACAGAUUCUUAUUUAUUAAAUGUCCUUCUCUCACACAGCCUAGUUUCCCUUCUGCAAAACAAUUACUAAGAAGUUGUUUUUUUUUUUGUUUUUUUACUGUUAAUGUGAAACUUGUAGAAUUAACAAAGCAUAGAUAAAAAUCUAGUCUUCUUUAGGUUCCUCUCACAUUUUUAGCUGUUUUUUUACAUUAAUAAACAGUUCCUGUCAUGUUAUACUGUAUUUUAGAAGAAGGAACUUAAUUUUUUUUUCAGCUUGUUAAAUAAUUUAAAUGAGAUGUAAUUAUAAAUAUUCUGUAUGCGUUGGCAUUCUAAAAGCAUGAAUAUUUUGUCUGUAUUGUACUAUUGAAUUAAAUUCACUGUAUACUGGAAAUACUGAUUCUAAAUAAAAUAAUAUAUAGUUUUAUAAAA